AUCGAAGCCCUCUGCUGCUGUCGGAGGAUAGAAAUACAAGAAGAUGCUCAAGAGUUUCUAAGUUUCGUCAUGGAUCAAAUGCAUGAUGAGUUACUCAAGCUUAAAGGUGUUUCAAACUUAAAUGGUGGUAAAUCGUCAUUGAUUUCAUUAACAGAAGAUGACGACUGGGAGACUGUUGGACCAAAGAACAAAUCUGCAGUUACAAGAACACAAAGUUCCAUUCCAUCUGAAUUGAGUGCAGUUUUUGGGGGACAACUGAGAAGUGUUGUGAAGGCGAGAGAUUUUUUGGAUCCAAUGUCAAAAAGGCCAUCUUGGAAAUUUCUCAUAUAAAGUGAAGUGGAUCAGCGUCAUGGGAUUUGGAGCAUUACCUCCAAAACCAUGUCCCAUGAUCAUUUUUUUUUAUCAGGUAACAAGGCCUCUGCCACAGUUCAGCCAUUCCUCUUACUUCAUCUUGAUAUUUUCCCAGAAGCUGUUCAUACUAUUGAGGAUGCACUCCAUCUAUUUUCUGCCCCAGAAACACUUGAAGGGCACCGGACAUCAGCAAGUGGUAAGGUACUUUUCAGAUUGAGCACCCUUUACGUCAGCUAGGUAAUCAGUGCUUGAGUCUAAUGUCAAGCCUAUACAUUUGUAUUGGGUUUUCCCUAACAAAGGUUGAAUUUUGAAAGUUUAGAUCUGAACCUGCAAGGCUGAGCUUCUGUUGCCACAUGGGGCCUCUGAGUGGAAAUGUACCACAUGGAUGUGGUGGAUUGUGGAGACUGCUGAACAAAUAGACCCUUUGGGGCAGAAAAUUUAGCCGCCACAUGGAAGGUGCCCAGUCAUCAUACUCCUUUGCUAUAUGGCUGGACUGGCGAACUUGUUGCAAGUUGUUCUUGGACUAGGUUAAUGUCUACCCAAGUCAUCAGCAUGUCACAAGAUGGGGUUGUACUCAGGUUUGAGUCAAGUUGGUGGAAUUCUAUGAAAAUGCCAUACUAACAUUUAUGUUGUGUUUGGUUGCUUGGGUGAGAGUAAAUGAAGGGAAAAAGUGACUACUUUUUUUGGGUAUGGGUAUCCAUACUUACGUUUCUCAUCCAUUAUGUGGGAAAAAGCAGGGAGAAGAAAGUUCGGGAGAAAAUUGGUCAUGCCCGACUUCUUCUUUCCCUCCAACAAAGUGUGGAAUAACUAACUAGCUAAUUGCAAUUCUUAGAGACCAACCAACAAUGGUGGAAUCUGUCAUAUACUUUCUCUUGAUUUUCUUGUUUCAACAGAACAAUAGGUGAAGGAAAUUUCUUAUUCCCCCCUCCCCCUCCUCCUCGUCCUUCUCCUCCUCCUCCUCCUCCUCCUCCUCCACCUCCAAGAAAGCAACCAAAUACAGCCUUAAUACAUGACCUCCAGGAAUGAGCUUAGUUCUUUGCUGUCGUCAUCUUUUAAUUUUGCCACGUAAAUAAACUUGAAAGGUAUGUAAGUAGUCAGUUGUGGGUCAUUUUGUAUCCCAAGGACUAACCGUAAUACCAACUCGUCUUAAAUGGGUUGGCUUUCCCAAUCAUAACCAAAUCAACACCAAUUUUGGUCUGGUCUGGUUUAAGUAGUGCCUGAUCUAGGUGUCCUGAACCCCAGAUUUUGGAGCUUUACAAAUUUGGUGUCAUCAACUCUGCUUUUCUUUUUCAUCUAUUCACCGCAUGGUCUGCUUUUAUACUCUAUGGAAACUCAGAUAUCUGGAGAUAAGCCCUCAAUCAUCCUUUCAUUGGCAGGGAACUUGCAAAACUAUUGCAUCGCCUGGUCAAUUUUUUCGUUGUGGUUGUUUCUGACCAGACCAGGUUAACUGUCCACGACAACUGGAAAACACGGCUCACUUCUUGAUGGAGUGCUUCAGAACUCAUGUUGAUUUUGCUAGAGGAUUGAAGUCAAGACUCCCAUUUGUUUCUUCUCAGGUUGAUUGAAGUAAAUUUGAUCUUUGGGUUGGCUAAUCUUCAGGCAUAUGUUCAUUCCUCUCUUCCUACAUUUACUGAAGACAGAUCUCCGGCUGAGCAUGUUGAUAUCCUCUCUUGUCUUUGUGUGGUUCUCUCUGACUGUGCUUUAUCAUAAGGCACAUUGCCACUGGGUUAUUAAUAAGCCUCCAGGACGCUGGGCUUCGAUUUGGUUAUGCCUCAGGCAUAUAUGUUUAUUUCUCUCUUCCUACAUCUUCUAGAAACAACAGCUUUCUUAAAAUAGUUCUCCGUUUGAGCAUGUUGAUGACCUCUUCUGUUUCUGUGUGGUUCUCUUUGACUCUGGCUUAUCAUAAGGCACAUUGCCAUUGGGUUCAGAAUAAGCCUCCAGGACGCUGGUCUUCGAUUUGGAUUAUAGUUUCUUUUGUAUAAAGCUGACAAAAAUGAAAAAUGAGUGGAUCAGCCCUAGAAAAUCUUCGGGAUACAAGUAUGGAUGCUUUUCGUGGUGUCAAAAGUUUAUGUUUGGGUGAUUAAUCCUUUUUUUUUUGACACAAAAAACUAUUUUUCUGAAUUGGUUGCGUGCCAAAUUGGCAUUUGCCUAUUAAUAUUAGAAAUUGAUUUUGCUCUUCUUGACUCAGCACUACAAAGCAGAAGAUUCUUGAUUGUGAGAUUGAGACCAUUCAUUGGGAAUAUCUUUAUCACUUUUGGACAUGAUGUCAUCAUACACCAUUGCUUUAGGGAGCAGUAUCAUUGCUGAAGCUCUCACCAAACAUGCUGCUUGUUUCUGCUGGGUGUUCAUUGGUUCUUGCUGAUCCUGUUGUAUGGGUUGUGGAUGCUCCUCAACUGAUGCUUUAGUGGCUACUUCCUUCACCCUGGCGGUUUCCAAGUAGUCUCUGGUUCUAGUGAUCUUUUGCUUUGUUCUCAGUUUAGGUGCAUAACUGGUGAUUGUCCCAUACAGUCACAUCUCCUUUAAAGUACAUUUUUUAUGGGUUAUGCAUUGUAUUGUCUGGUGUAAUGCUAGGCAUCAGGAUCCUCUCCAACGUGCCCAACUUGUAUCGAACAGCUGGUCAGACCUAGGGGUGCAUGCAUGCCGGAGUCCUCCCAGGCGUCUGAUGCAUUGGAAAGGAUCCGGAUCCUAAUGCUUGCACUUGCUCUAGUACUGGAAUGGUUCUGCAAUGGUUACUAUAUCUGCAGUGUAAUUAUCCAAGCUAUCAAAACAGAGAAGAAAAGUUUCUUUCUACUUGGCCUUUUACUGUAGUUGACAUUGCUGUAACAUCAUAUUGAACCAAUGAUACUGUAACAUCUAUAAAUAAUGUCGCUUAUGAAUUGACACGCACACGCACACGCACAGCCUCCAAUGAUUGGGUAGGAAAGAGCAUCUGUAAUGCUACAUACUCUGGAUGAAACCGAAGUUGCGGCCAAUGGGUAAAUGCAGUGAAUAGAAUUAGAGAAAAACUGAAAAGGGUAUGUAACUAUAUAUGGACGUCAUGUAGGGCCAAGUUUCCCUCCACCCACAGUAAAGCCGUGUUCGAGCGCCUGUAAUAGACAAUUCCAAUGUGAUGGCUUUCAAAAUUCAAACCCACCAUCUCCAGUUGAACUGAUUGCCCACUAAAUACUUGCAGGAUAAUCUCAGACACCUACUGGUCUCUCUUUUUCUGGUUAAGGAGGACGGAUAAGGAAGGGCCAACCUCCAUUCAAACCUUGUGUCAUAAUCCAUGAUUCGACUCAAAAGGGCUUCUGAAAGAAAGGCCAACCUCCAUUCAAACCCCAUGGCUUUAUCCACAAAUGGGGGUUGAUUCUACUCCUCUUCUAAAAGAUUGGACUAAAGCAUUUCUUUAUGAGAGCCUAAGGUUCUGCAUUUGGCUUGCGCUCCUCUCGUCUUCCACAACAAGAGAGACAAGACAGAUAUGACGCUUGCGCUUGGGAACGUUACCACGGUUCUGAUAGAGGGCAAAGACAACCCUCGUGGCAGACUAGCACGUAUUGAAGUUAUUGUGUGCCUGACAGCAGCCCUUCUUGCCUUUCUUAUAGUAUUUGGCUCAUUCAGGCGUCGAUCCUAUGGUUCAGCAGUAAGGCUUUCCAUUUGGGCAGCUUAUGUGACGUCCUAUUCUCUCAUAUCCUAUGCUGUAGGGCUGAUGCAAUCUGCUCCCUUCCACAAUGAAUUAUUCACCGUAUGGGCUGUGUUCUUGCUCAUUGUCCUUGGCAGUGCUGACUCCAUCUCUGCCUACAGCCUUGAAGACAAUGAGCAAAGAUGGAGGCACUAUAGUGAGAUUCUUCUUCAGACGUUCUGGGUCAGCUGGCUAAUUGCCAAGUACAGUGCAGAAACAAAGUUCAAGGUACCCCUUUGGCUCCUUUGGGUUCUAAGUAUGUGUAAGGCUGGUGAGAGAAUAGCAUCUUAUGCAUCUGCAAGUCGAAAGUUUGGGUUGGUAAGAUACACCAAAUUGGUUGCAGACUUCAUGACCUGUGAACCUGAACUGAGCAAAGACAGUGAGAUAGAUCCAACCCAAAUGAAGGGUUACCAUUACUUAAUCAGGGGAGAGAAACAAAGCAUGGUGACAGUUGAGCCACCAACAUACCAGAUGAGGCUAAAAAUGGAUCCUGAAAUUGUAACAGUUCAAAAGGUAUGGGAAUGUGAGGGGAGACUUCUGAAGCACAAUGGGGACCCUGAUGGGAGAUUGAAGGAUAUUUGCCUCUCCUAUGCAUUGGUCAAGCUUCUUCGCCGGAGAUUUGCAGGGUACCCUUUUGUAGAGAGCAGCCUUGAUAAGACAUGGAGACUUGUCCGGGAUGGGCUUCUAGAUGAUCCUGAAAGAACCUUCAGGGUCAUUGAGGUAGAGCUUGCAUUCCUUUAUGACUUCUUCUACACCAAGUACCCUGUUAUCUUCAUUUUUGGAUUUCCAACUUAUAAGGCCAUUGAGAUCAUCAUGGUUGUAGCUAGCAGUUGGAUAGCAGUCUCAACCCUUGAUAAUUAUCAACCACCAGAAGAUACUGUGACUCUUGUUACCUCUUCAGGGACCAACCUUGAUGUCUUGGUCACUCGUGUAGUAGUUCUCUCCAUUGCUGUCAUGCAGUUUUUGCAGCUCUUAUCCCUUCUUUUUUCAGAUUGGGCUACAGUGGUUUGGGUCUGCAAAUACAUCAGUAAUCAUUCAAACAAGUUUCUGGAGAAGGUGGUUCAGUUCUUCUGCCAUCGGCGGCAUCGACGAUGUUUUAAUUUGAAGCCAUGGACCCGGCAAUUGGGUCAGUACUCACUUCUUCUAUCUUACCAUCACAACCCCCCUAAGCCGUUAGAUCAUAGUCUCACUUCCACACUUGUGUAUCAGCUUACUAAAGGUUUUUCAGUUUACCGGAUCAAAUUGCACAUGGAUGUGAAGAAAGCUGUUCUUCAGUCUCUGAAAGCUAAUGGCAGGCUCUUAUCAAAUGGGUUAGCUUCUCUGCAACAAAACAGAGUAGACAGUGACCUUGGUUGGGCAUGUCAACUUGAGACACACACUCAUUGUAUUCUGGUUUGGCACAUUGCCACCACCCUUUGUGAGAUUGCACCCUUGCAAUCACAGCAAGGGGGAAGAGAAGUAAAUCCUCAUUUUCGAGUCGCUAGUAGCAUAUCAAACUACUGUUCCUAUCUAGUGGCUUCUGUUCCAAAUCUGUUGCCUGAUCACUUUUAUGUUAUACAUUUCAUUUUCGAUCGAGUAGUUGAAGAAGUCAAUGAGAUUCUUAAGGGAUGCAAGGGAAGGAAAAAGAAGUACGAGGAGAUGAUGAAGAAAGGUGAAACUGAUCCCAAAACAAUAACAGCAAUGGGUGUUAAGCUUGCGAAGGAACUGAUGGACAUAGGAGAUCAGGAGCUAAGGUGGAAGGUCUUGGCAGAUUUUUGGGCAGAGAUGAUUCUAUUUCUAGCUCCCUCUGAUAAUGCUACUAGCCAUGCAGAACAGUUGGUUAAUGGUGGAGAGUUUUUGACACACCUAUGGACUCUACUUUCUCAUGCAGGUAUUCUCAGAAGAGAGGAAGACAUUCUCAUGGUUUAAAUGAUCUUCAAAGAAGAACAAGAAUCAUAGGUUGCAUUAUUUCUUUUACCAAAAAAAAAAUAUUUCAAUCUUUUAUUGUUUAGCACUGUUACCUAUUUCAAGAACUUAGUUGUAAUCUGUAACAUAUUUAUUAUUAGGUGUGGUUGAUGUAACUGGGGUUUACUUUUGGACUUAAACUGUAAAAUCGGACAGGUUCAAGGGUUCCUUGUUAGUAAAAAAAUAAACAUAUUUAUCAAUAGAUAUUAAAGGAAACACAUCAAUGGAUCUCACCUUGAACCA